AUGACCUUCUCUGAUAUCCUGGACCGUGUGGGCAGCAUGGGCCCAUACCAAUAUCUGCUCGUAGCCUUGCUGGGCUUCCCCAUCCUGGGUAUGGCCAACCACAACCUACUGCAGAUCUUCACAGCCACCACACCUAGCCACUACUGUCGCCCGCCCCCCAAUGCCUCUGCGGGGCCCUGGAUACUCCCCCUAGACCAGAAUGGCCAGCCUGAGAAGUGCCUCCGGUUCGUGCAUCCACCCAACACCAGCCUGCCCAAUGACACCCAGUGGGCCACCGAGCCGUGCCUGGACGGCUGGAUCUACAACAGCACCAGGGACACCAUUGUGACAGAGUGGAACUUGGUGUGCAGCUCAAACAAACUGAAGGAGAUGGCCCAGUCGAUCUACAUGGCGGGAAUACUGAUCGGAGGGCUCGUGCUGGGAGACCUGUCGGACAGGUUUGGUCGUAAACCCAUCCUGACUGGCUGCUACCUACUGCUGGCGGCCUGUGGCUCUGGCGCAGCCUUCAGCCCCACCCUCACCAUCUACAUGGUCUUUCGCUUCCUCUGUGGCUGCAGCAUCUCAGGCAUUACCCUGAGCACCGUCAUCUUGAAUGUGGAGUGGGUACCCACCAAGAUGCGAGCCAUCACGUCGACGGCCAUAGGGUACUUCUACACCGCCGGCCAGUUCGUCCUGCCUGGCCUGGCUUAUGCCAUUCCCCAGUGGCGCUGGCUGCAAUUAACCACAGCUGUUCCCUACUUCAUCAUCUGCGCGUUGACCUGGUGGAUACCAGAGUCCAUUCGCUGGCUGGUCCUGAAUGGGAGGUCCUCAAAGGCCCUGAAGGUACUCCAGCGCGUGGCCACCUUCAACGGCAAGAAGGAGGAAGGAAAAAAGCUCAGCUUGGAGGAGCUCAAACUCAGCCUGCAGAAGGACAUCUCCUUGGCCAAGGCCAAGUACACCACAGCUGACCUGUUCCGGACACCCACCCUUCGCCGCGUGGUCUUCUGUCUUUCCCUGGCCUGGUUUGCGACUGGUUUUGCCUACUACAGCUUAGCUAUGGGUGUGGAAGAAUUUGGAGUCAACAUCUAUAUCCUCCAGAUCAUCUUUGGGGGGGUCGACAUCCCAGCCAAGUUCGUCACCAUCCUCUCCUUAAGCUACCUGGGCCGUCACAUCACUCAGGCCGGUGCCCUGCUCCUCGCAGGAGCGGCCAUCUUGUCUCUCAUCUUCGUGCCCUCGGACAUGUCUAUCAUAAGGACAAUCCUGGCCGUUUUUGGGAAGGGAUGUCUGUCUGGCUCCUUCAGCUGCCUCUUCCUCUACACCGGUGAACUAUUCCCCACAGUCAUUCGGCAAACAGGGAUGGGCGUAAGUAACCUGUGGGCCCGCGUGGGAAGCAUGAUCUCCCCGCUGGUGAAAAUCACGGGCGAGAUCCAGCCCUUCAUACCCAACCUCAUCUAUGGAUCCAUCGCCCUCCUGGGAGGCUGUGCUGCCAUCUUCUUGCCCGAGACCCUCAACCGGCCCUUGCCAGAGACCCUGGAAGACAUGGAAAACUGGUACCAGCCAUCAAAGAAGCCAAAGCCAGAACCAGAGGCAGAAAAGGCAUCCCAGAUGAUCCCCCUGCAGUCUUCAGGACCUGGCCUGGACCCCAACUGA